CUCCCGCGGAGGCAAUGCCCUUUUGUGGAGAGGUCUUAUCACAGCCGACAGACAGCACUCUCAAUCAGGACGCAAAGAGAAGAAUUGCAUUUAAAAAAGGACCAUUCUUUCCCAUACUGCCAAGGAGGGGUGUUCACUGUGGGUGUUUGAGAAGCCCUUUGUUGCUUGAAAAAAAAAAAAAGGUAGCCAAGAAUAUGCACUGUGGACUAGCUGUAUGUUUUAUGAACAGUGUUACUGUAUGCUGUUAGGGCUCUCACACACGUCUCUUCUUGCGUUCGGAGAAGUCAGUGUAUUGUGGACUUUGGAAGUUUUAACACAGCGAAACUGGUCUGGAUAUACUUCAGAAGACGAAAAGGUUACGGUGUACGCUAUUUUGCGCAUUGUUUUUGGAGACUUGUGCGUAACGCGCCACCUGUACUUUAUCUACCAGCAAAUUAUCGAAACGGAUCUACAGUACUGUCUCUUCAUGUUUGUUUUCAUCUGCUACCAUGAGCGUUCUUGGAAUUUUUUCAUGAGGAAUUUGAGUUCGCAGCUCCCAUAAACGCUUUUAAUUUGCAACAAAUUAAAUUUAAUUUGAGGGGUGGAAGUGAACAUUUUCAAGCAUAUGCUACCUCAAUUUGUGGAUACUACUUCGUGGGAUGCCAAUGGACAGAUACGCAGACAUGGAGGACAAACUGCGCAUUUUGGAGGACCUGAACAUGAUGUACAUCCGACAGAUCGCCCUCAGUUUACAGGACAGUGACAUCCAGAAGAAGAUAGACCAUGAGAUCCGGAUGCGUGACGGGGCCUGUAAGCUAUUGGCUGCGUGCUCCCAGAGAGACCAGGCCCUGGAGGCAGCCAAGAGCCUGCUCACCUGCAACACCCGCAUCAUGGCCUACAUGUCAGAGCUGCAGAGGAUGAAGGAGGCCCAGGUCAUGCAGAGGGUCGCACGAAGGUCAGAUGGCACAAGAUCAUCAGAUGCAGGGCCCAUGGACGACAGACUACCCUGUAAGGGUAAGGUGGCCAUCUCAGACCUGCGGAUCCCACUCAUGUGGAAAGACACCGAGUACUUCAAGAACAAAGGAGAGCUGCAUCGGUGUGCAGUGUUCUGUCUGCUUCAGGUGGGAGGGGAGAUCCACGACACAGACAUGGUGAUGGUGGACCGGACACUCACCGACAUCUGCUUUGACAACACCAUCGUCUUCAGCGAGGCCAGCCCGGGCUUUGAGCUGCGAGUGGAGCUAUACAGCUGCUGUUCGGAGGAGGACUACUCGGCAGGGAGCGCGCCCAGGAAACUAGCCAGCAAACUGAGCAGCUCUCUGGGCCGCUCGGCAGGAAAAAAGCUCCGUGUUGCCAUGGACCCUGGAGCCUACAGCCCCACCAGCAAUGCAGGGGCAGCCACACUGCUGCUACCUGGACCCGCAGUGGCGGGACCUAAGUACCACCUCCUGGCCCACACAUCCCUGUCACUGACACAUGUCCAGGACAGCUUCCGCACUCACGACCUCAGCAUCUCAGGCAACGAGGAGUGUUCGUACUGGGUGCCUCUCUACGGCAGUGUGUGUUGUCGCCUGGCUGCCCAGCCUCACUGUAUGACCCAGCAGAUGAUGAGUGGCUGCUUGAAGGUCAAGCAGUUGGGAGGUGACCCUCAGAGUUGGACGAAUGUCUACGGCGUCCUUAAAGGGACAAACCUUUUCUGUUACCACCGGCAAGAGGAUAUGGAGGCUAACGUCGAGCCAGCAUUUACCAUCGCCAUCAACAAAGAGACGAGAAUACGUGCGUCAGAGAAAGACCCCCACAGUAAGGCCCAGAGCAUCUGCAUCAGUAACCAGUACGGGGGAGAGGAGAUUACACACACACUCUCGGCAGACAGUCGCGAAGAGACACACCGCUGGAUGGAAGCCUUCUGGCAACAGUUCUGUGACAUGAGCCAAUGGAAGCAGUGCUGUGACGACUUGAUGAAGAUUGAGCUGCCAUCACCCCGGAAACCAGCCCUUGUCGCGUCAAAACAGGGUUCUCUUUACCACGAAAUUGUUAUUGACACCUCUGAUGACAUCAGCACGGUGACGGACAUCCUGACUCGGCAGAUGCAGGAGCUGGAGCUGAGGAGCCAGCUGGGGACCUCUCCUCCCUGGAUGUCCCUGUUCGAGGAGUCUCCUGGUGGCCCCCGCACCCCUCGGCUGGUCCGCCACAGCCCCCGCUCCCCCCACCGCCUCCCCCACAGCCCACUGAGCUCCCUGCGCUGCCCCUGGCCAGGCCUGCUCUCCUCAGAUGCCAGCCUGACCUCUGACAGCGACAGCCCCUGCAGCACCAGCCCCUGCUCCCGCCACCGAGGCUGGGCCGAGCCCCUCUCCCUCUCCUCCCCCCGCUUCCGCCCCCGCACCCUCUCCCUGGAUGCCAAGCUUAGCACUCUCAGGGGCAGGGGGUAUGGGGGGGUGUUACAGUGCUCCUGUCAGCCCCCUUCCUCCUCCUCCCUUGCCCCCAUCCCGGCGCAAUGCGUCCCCCAGGCCACCUUGUCCUGCUCCAGCUCCACCUCCAGUAACAGCUCCAGCGAGGGAAGCCACAGCCCCUCCUCAUUGGACGGUACCCCUUUCUCACGCCCCUCCUCGGCCCGCCGGAGCCUCAGGAACCUGAGAGCCAAACUGGACCCCCGAAAUUGGCUCCAGAGCCAGGUAUAACCCACCUCAGACCCCCACUCAUCUAAACCGUCUCCAAUAGGCAGCCCACCUGCAAUAGGCAACCCACCUCAGACCCUCACAUUAAACCACUGAGCCAGGGAUAAGCCACCUCAGACCCCCAUAUCAUCCAAAGUCCUGGUAAGAACUGGCGGGAAGGAAGCCAGUCCCACAGUUGAAAGAGCCCUGGUAUUAACUGGAAUUACUUUAGACUAAGGACAGGAGACAUUCUGCAUCAGUAUCAAUGGUCCACAGAACAUGGGAGUCUUCUGCUUCCCUUUCGAAUGGUAAUGCUGGUUAGGAAAUUGAAGAGUUUUUUUGUUUUUGUUGAUGACAUAAACGCAAUAUCUCUAGGCUCUGCGCAUCUGAAAUCUCCAACUGGAAAGGGCAGCAUCUGUCAGUCAAAGACGAGAGUUUCCUCGUCAGUCAUCCAAGCUAUUACACCCCUCAAUAUGACCAUGAUUUCAUAGCAUCUUGUUAGUUCAGCUGCGGUAUUUACUUACUAUAUGUGCUGUAUUUGUGUUUGCAGUGUUUGGGCAGGGCAGUGAGCGUGUGGCCAAGUGAACUGUCAGUGUAUGGGAAUGUUUAGUGUCUAUGUGGUCAUGGGGUUGUUGUUACCUGUACCAAAAAGGCUCACUGUGAUCUAUCCAAAUGACUAGACCCAUCACUUGUAUUAUGAAUUCAUGCCUAGAAGGAACAAGUAUAUUUAUGUACCGAUUUGCUUAUUGCAUGUUUGUGCUCAAAGACGCAAAGAAUGCGUUGCCGGAGAUCUUAACUGCUCAGACGGUGAAUGAAUUGAAAGCUCAACUUAAUGCACCAGUUCUCCCAAUAAUUUACUGUACUACUUGUUCCUACUGUGAUAACAUCAGGGUCACAUUGAGCUUCUGCAAGGUUCCUAGAACCUCCCAUGCAUUCAUUAACACGUUGUAGGCCUACUAUACAAGAACCAAUAUUUAAGAUUUAUGUUAAUCACUUUUGGAGUAAAUUAUAAUGAAUUGAAGUAAGCCAAAGGUAACGUACUACAUAAUCACGAGAACUCAUAUUAACUUGUUACACUGCCUCGUUGCAGUAUUGCUUGCAAAUGUACUGACUUUGAAAUCUGGGCCAGCCCCUACAAAAUACCAUAGAGUUAAGUUGAAGGCCUAGAUGGUUUUUGGAAUGGAGAGGCAUACGCUUUGGGUGUCCUUGUUAAUCUUUAAUACGCCCCUACUAGCAGGCAAGGAUUUCCUCACAAACGAUACUCUGUUGAUGAAACAAAUACUCUGCAUGGAGAACAGUGUUGCUAGGGGGUUUAAAUCCCAUGCUACAGCUCGUCUCAGUUCAAGGGUAUUUUAAUGUCAUCCAAUUCAGUUACGUUGGCAAAUGUUAUGUAUUUGAGAAUGUAGAAACUGGGAAUGCACAUACAUGGGUGAAGAGUUUAGAUAUCCCACCUUUGACCUUGUGGAUUUAUAGCAUAGUUUGUGGUACAGUCGUAACCUUAUGGCCUGAAAACCGGUCCCAGAAUUUCACACACACACACACACACAGUACCAGUCCAAAGUUUGGACACGCCUACUCAUUCUAGGGUUUUUAUUUAUUUGUACUAUUUUCUACAUUGUCGAAUAAUAGUGAAGACAGCAAAACUAUGAAAUAACACAUGGAAUCAUGUAGUAACCAAAUCAAAUAUAUAUUUUAGAUUCUGCAAAGUAGCCACCCUUUGCCUUGAUGACAACUUUGCACACUCUUGGCAUUCUCUCAAACAGCUUCACCUGGAAUGCUUUUCCAACAGUCUUGAAGGAGUUCCCACAUAUGCUGAGCACUUGUUGGCUGCUUUUCCUUCACUCUGCGGUCCAAAUAAUCCCAAACCAUCUCAAUUGGUUUGAGGUCAUGCGAUUGUGGAGGCCAGGUCAUCUGAUGCAGCACUCAUCACUCUCCUUGGUCAAAUAGCCCUUACACAGCCUGGAGGUUUGUUGGGUCAUUGUCCUGUUGAAAAACAAAUGGUAGUCCCACUGAGUGCAAACCAGAUGGGAUGGUGUAUCGCUGCAGAAUGCUGUGGUAGCCAUCCUGGUUAGGUGUGCCUUGAAUUCUAAAUAAAUCACUGACAGUGUCACCAGCAAAGCACCCCCACACCAUGACACCACCUCCAUGCUUCACGGUUGGAACCAUACAUGAAGAGAUCAUCCGUUCACCUACUCUGCUUUUCACAAAGACACUGCGGUUGAACCAAAAAUGUACAAUUUGGACCCACCGAUCUAAUGUCCCUUGCUCGUGUUUCUUGGCCCAAGCAAGUCUCUUGUUAUUAUUGGUGUCCUUUAGUAGUGGUUUCUUUGCAGCAAUUAGACCACGAAGGCCUGAUUCACGCUGUCUCCUCUGAAUAGUUGAUGUUGAGAUGUGUCAGGUACUUGAACUCUGACGUAUUCAUUUGGGCUGCAAUCUGAGGUGCAGUGAACUCUAAUGAACUUAUCCUCUGCAGCAGAGGUAACUCUGGAUCUUCCUUUCCUGUGGCGGUCCUCAUGAGAGCCAGUUUCAUCACAGCACUUGAUGGUUUUUGCAACUGCACUUAAAUGUUCCGCAUUGACUGCCUUCAUGUCUUAAAGUAAUGAUGGACUGUUGUUUCUCUUUGCUUAUGUUGCUGUUCUUGCCAUAAUAUGGACUUGGUCUUUUACCAAAUAGGGCUAUUUUCUGUACACCACCCCUACUUGUCACAACACAACUGAUUGGCUCAAACGUAUUAAGGAAAGAAAUUCCACAAAUUAACUUAACAAGGCACACCUGUUAAUUUAAAUGCAUUCCAGGUGACUACCUCAUAAAGCUGGUUGAGCGAAUGCAAAGCUGUUAUCAAGGCAAAGGUUGGCUACUUUGAAUAUAAAUAUAAGAAUAUAAAAUAUAUUUUGAUUUAACACUUUUUUUUGGCUACUACAUGAUUUCAUAGUUUUGAUGUCUUCACUCUUAUUCUACAAUGUAUAAAAUAAAGAAAAACCUUGGAAUAAGUAUGUGUCCAAACUUGACUGGUACUGUAUAUACAGAACAUUGCAAUCGAUUAUGCAAGUAGGCAAUACAGGAAUUACUGAUCUAUAGCAAAUAUUGUGUUGAGCUUUUUCUUAAGAUAGUGCAGUCUUUUACCUACUUAGAAAUACCAACCAGGUGAUUGUAGUAGUUGUUAAAUUAUGAUAAGGUGGGCAGGGGUAAGUGUGGUUGGCCCCCCCCUGGUCUAUGCAUUUAAGCCUAUCAAUCCCUCCAUGUCUCUUAUGAUGGACUGUAGGCUAUGAUAUGUUACUGUGUUCCAAGGGCUCACGGCUGGCUCACUCAGUUUCUCAUUAAAACAACUGUAAAUGCUUCAAAGUGGCAUUUGUUACUGUAAAGUUUUUUUGUAAGUUAACAAAACUCCUUUCUCUUUUUUGUUAAAAUAUAUUUUACAUGAUUGAUUUUGUUAUAAAUACAGCUCUAUUGAUAUUACUUUAACAGUCGAUUUCAGAUCUAUAACUGCAUCUGGUAGAUAACAUUAAAUGUUAACCAUGCAAGUGUCCUGUGUUUAAAAAUGUAACAUAACGAUAAUAAAUGAUUUGUCAAUUUAGAA